AUGACAAGAAGCAGGUGGUAUACGGUCUUGGCGAUAUUGAGAGUGGUGGGGAGUCUAGUGCUGUUGGGAAUGGUGCAUCCAGAUGAAUUCUUUCAGAGUCAAGAAGUCAUGGCGAAAUAUUUUCGAGCCGAUGAUAACGCAAUCAUACGUCGUGAACUCUUGAUACCAUGGGAAUUUCAGCUCCCGACACCUAAUCGCUCGAUUAUUUUCCCUGCAUUGGUAGCAGGACUGCCAUACAAACUUCUUGAUCUAUUGGGCAUCAAAUUAACUGGAUGGCUCCUGCUAAUAACGCCACGACUUUUUCUCUGCUCUCUUUCAUUUCUUAUUGAUGUCAUUCUCUAUGAGAUUGUUGGAAAACUAAAUCGACACCAGAAACUUCAAAUUCAACGAGAGAAACAGGAGAAGGUUCUACUCUUGUUUGCCAGUUCAUGGCCAACGUUUGUGUUCCUCUGUCGACCAUUUUCCAAUACUAUGGCAACGUUAGUUCUUGCACUUUGUUUUGCAGUUUUAUUUCUAGUCAAUCCGCAUCGACGAGUGUUGCAUGGACUAUUGCAUGUCCAAUCGCUCCUUCUAGGGAGUUUAUUAGCCAUUGGAUUUUUCACGCGGUUUACAUUUCCAGUAUUUUUCGUCCCGCUUGGAUUGGAGCUAUUACGACAGCAAGACGCAUUGCUUAUUCAUGCCAUUAGGCGUAAGGGAGACGGUACGAGUGCGCCAUGUGUAGCACGCCGUGUGACAGCAACAGUUGCCGUGGUAAUACAGGCAUUUGUGGCCUUUAUGAUUUGGGCGAUGGGCUUUAUUGUUGUGGAUACAUUGUAUUACCGAUCAGAAGUGUUUCAUGGCGAAUGGAAUCGAUCGCUACUGGAACAGAUUGCUAGGAAUGCUGUGAUUGCACCGAUAAAUAAUUUGCUGUACAACAUCCAAUACGACAACUUGAAACAGCAUGGAGUGCACCCACGGUUCACCCACUUGACUGUAAACAUGCCCAUGCUUUUUGGACCAGUUUUUUUCGUCUUCCUCAUGAUGGUCUUCCGGCAUCCCGAUCGCUCAUUUUUCGGUAGUGCAUGUGUGUUCUUUCCACUGGCGUGUUUGUCGUUGGCACCACAUCAGGAGCCAAGAUUCAUGCUACCAGCCAUCGUACCGCUGUAUCUAUUCACUGCAUUGAAUGGUAGAACGGGCGUUGUCCGCUAUUUGACAAAGCAAAAAUUUGGAAAGCUGCUGUGGAUUGUAUUCAACCUCUCGCUAACGUUCUUCUUUGGCAUUUUGCACCAAGGAGGCGUCGUGCCCAUGCUAUUAUCACUGUCGUCCAUGACCUUAAAUUCAAUGGACAACCCCGUGACCUCAGUAACCUGGGUGACAUCUUGUUGUAAUUUUGACGUUGUGGACAAAGUUUUGCUGGGAAUGAUAGGUGCAGUGCCGCUGGUGUUUGCAAAAACGUACAUGCCUCCUCGCUUUCUUCUUACUGGAAUGCCAGUAGCUCCAUCGUUUCAGUUGAUAGAUUUAGCUGGAAACACUCUCGAUGAUUUUUCAAAGAUGGUGACUAUGAACAAAGCGGGCCAAGUAUCGUCGGGGCAUGGUACAACUACAUUUUUUCUGGUGCUGCCUGCGAGUGUCGAAUUUCAGGACAUUGGACUUGGCAAUGCGACAUCCAUCUUGAGCUCUUUGAAGCUCGGAGGAUGUUUUCCCCAUCUCUCGACUGAAAAUCUUGCACUUGACAAGUCGUUUGCAUUGGACUUGUACUUGAUUAAACUAGAAGUGACGUAA